AUGUCGGGAUUGCAAGUAUGCGAGUAUGUGCCGAGGAUUGCGUUCUGCGUUGAGGGGGACGGCCCAGCAGACGCGCAAACGCGGAGAUCAUGCUGUCUACCCGAAACAUUAUGUAAGCACAAUUGGCUCAGCGGGAUCAUUGUGGACUUUGGAAUGCGCUGCCAGUCUAAAACUGUUACUAGCAGUGCUUGACAGGAAUGGCUAA